CCUCACUUAACCGACACUAAUGUCAAACGUGGACAGGAGCAGACAGGCAGUGCUGUAAGAGGAACAGGAGGAAGAGGGUCAUUCCUGUAGCACCAUUCUUCUGACCACGCGUAUGCAUGGGGAACAAUAGCAGCUCCACAGUGGAUGAUCUCCAGGCUGUCGAGAUCCACCACUGGUACAAGAAGUUCAUGACAGAGUGUCCUUCUGGACAGCUGACAGAGUAUGAAUUUAAACAGUUCUUUGGGCUUCGAGGGCUGGAUCCAGAGGCCAAUGAGUACAUUGAGCAGAUGUUCCGCACAUUUGAUAUGAACAAGGAUGGAUAUAUUGACUUCAUGGAAUAUGUGGCUGCCCUCAGCCUUGUUCUCCGUGGGAAGAUGGAGCAGAAAUUGCGGUGGUAUUUCAAGCUCUAUGAUGUGGAUGGCAAUGGCUGCAUUGAUCGACAUGAGUUGCUCAACAUCAUAAAGGCUAUUCGAGCUAUUAAUGGUGGUAACCAUGAAACUAGUGCAGAAGAGUUCACCAACCGAGUCUUUGACAAAAUUGAUGUGAACGGAGAUGGUGAACUUUCUCUGGAUGAAUUUGUGGAGGGAGCAAGGAAAGAUGAGGAAUUCAUGGAGGUUAUGAUGAAAAGUUUAGACCUGUCACACAUUGUUGCCAUGAUCAACAAUCGUCGGCAUAGUGUAUAAAUCAGUCUGGGAGAACACGCUGUGCCAACAGACAGAAGGGUGUACACUCACCAGAAAGAAGAGACAGCAUUUUUAAAAACAAACAAAAUUUCCAUGAACACACAUAUGGAAGUAUGAACAGAAAGACACUGUUAAAUUUCUGUAUCUGAGUGCAUGUUCCUGUACAAAUAUUGAAGCUCAGCUACAUAUGUGCCCAGCAGGUUCAGAAAAACUGGAGCUGGGUGGCAGUAUUGGACCUGACUUCCUAAAAUUUAAAGGCCGAGUUUCAGGGCACAAAUUUCCUCCUUAUUCUGUGUCCCAGAUUGUCACUUUGCAAUGAACUAAAAGUAACAUUAAGGUUGUGAAGAGCUCUAGCAGAACUGGGUGAUGGACUGUGGAGAAUUUCUGACAUGUACAAAAGAAGAGCUUCAAAUGGUUAUCAGUGUAGAAAACUGUCAAAAUAAUGUAACUUCCACUGUUCUUGUCAUGAUAUUAGGUCAUAAACACUAGCAUGUUUGUCCGUACCAGAUGUGCUUGGAUUUGGUAGUCUCUACAGAGUAGCUUUAUUCAUAAGUUCUCAAGACCUGAAGGAAAAAUCAGCCUUUAAAGCUGAUAGUGACAAAUCUGCUCCCAGCUGCACUGUCAGCAAUGCUGCUGUUUGCAGCUUUCUGUGAUCACAGAACUCUUUACCAAAAAGUCAACAGUUUAGGAGCAGCUUCUGUAACCAUGAGAACCAUUCUGUAACCAGAGAAAAUAUGAUACUGUUUCCCAAAGCAGAAUAAUUACCUGAGAGAUCAAAUCUUUUUUAGAUACUUUGUCCUACUAUCCUCUCAUGAAAACUGAAUAAAUGAAGUGUGUGAAGAUGAUCCUGAUAUUAUUACUUCACACAUCCUUUAUUGGUCUUUAUUCUUGGGGAGAAAACCUAAGAAGCAAAAGACAACUCAGCAAAGUGACUUGUGACUUCUGCCAUUUAUGUGAAUACUGGAGUGAAGUUGAUACUCUAGAUCAGUGCUGCCACAAAUGCCUCUGUCUUUGUACAUGACAGGAAGAGUGAUGUAUCAUGGACAGAAACUGAGCAAACUGUAUCUUGUUCACUGAUGUUAGGUAAGGUCACAAUCAGAAGAUCCUUUGCAUCUGGAGAGAGAACAAGAAGGUAAGAAGAAUGCACGAAAAGUUCCUCAGUGUCUAUGCCAAGCAGGCAUGUUUUUCCUGUGCAGGAGGAAGAACUUGCAGACCUGUAACAAGAAGACUUUAGAGUGAACUUGCUUAUGUUCAAGCUUCACUGACGUACAUGUGUAUACUGAACAAAGUGUCUAGGCUUUCAUCUAAGUCAAGGGUGAUUUAGCCAAUAUUGUCACUGGAGCUUGAGAGAGUGAGUGAUCAUGUUUAGAGUAGGUGCCAACAUUCUGCCAGAUGGGCUCAUACGCCAGCUCCCACUGGCACGUACACGUAUGCAGUCUUGGAGCUUCUGAAAGGAAUCACAACCUGGGUAUCAGCAAACAUUGCUUAGUGCUCCAGAGGAUUAUCACAAGUGUGUGCUGUUGGACUCUGCUUCUCUUUGGACUGAGGAAGGCUGAGGUUUUUUCCAAGACUCUGUUGAACCUGUCCUGUACCUUUUACAAGUCCUCAGUUGCCUGCAGCUUCGUGGGUCAGUUAAAGCUGCAUUUUUAUUACCAUCUGACAUACAGAAAAAACCCUACUUUAGUUCUCAGGAAAGUAAAGAAUUUUUCUAAGUGCAGCUGAUGUAUUAAAGAAAUCACCAAGAAGUUGCAGCUGCCAGCAGUGUUGCAACAAGCUGCUGUGCACACUCUACAGAAUCUUCUUGAUGUACAUAGAGAAGAAGGACAUGUACACAGUACAUUCUCAAUAAUAAUCUUAAAUAUUUGUAAGAAGAGGGUUUUUUUUUUUUAAUAGAUGUUCUAGAAAACUGUUUCUUCCUUAGCUGUCAUUGCUGAUGAUGCUGGAACAUUUCCCAGCUAAGAUGCAAUUAUGACAUUUAUAAUAGGCAAAAAAAAUGCAUCAUGCUAUCACUACACUAAGUUGCAGAUGUGUGUUUUGUUCUUAAUGUUUUUGUUCUGUCACUGAAUUAUUUCAUUGGAUUUAGCUCUGCAGCUAGCAUGUUCUUUUAAAGACCAAUCUGGCAGUAUAUGUGCCUUUAUCAGAAGCUUUAUGGGAAGGAAGACCUUGGGGGGUGGGGGGAGAGGAAAUCUCUGUAAAGGGGAGAUAAUUAUUUUCUGACCUACUUGGCUCUCUUUGUACAGUUAAAAUUUAAAAAUGUACAAUAAACAUCUUGGAACUGUU